GCCCCGGGCUGGGCCCUGAUCGCCGCGCGGGCCCCGCGCCCGCCGCCGCGCCAUGGCGGAGACCAAGAUCAUCUACCACAUGGACGAGGAAGAGACGCCGUACCUGGUCAAGCUGCCGGUGGCCCCCGAGCGCGUCACGCUGGCCGACUUCAAAAACGUGCUCAGCAACCGGCCCGUGCAUGCGUACAAAUUCUUCUUCAAGUCCAUGGACCAGGACUUCGGGGUGGUGAAAGAGGAGAUCUCAGACGACAAUGCCAGGCUGCCCUGCUUCAAUGGCCGAGUGGUCUCCUGGCUGGUCCUGGCUGAGGGCGCACACUCGGAUGCAGGGUCUCAGGGAACGGACAGCCACACGGACCUGCCCCCACCUCUUGAGCGGACGGGGGGCAUCGGGGAUUCCCGGCCCCCCUCUUUCCACCCAAAUGUGGCCAGCAGCCGUGAUGGGAUGGACAAUGAGACCGGCGCAGAGUCCAUGGUCAGCCACCGGCGGGAGCGAGCCCGGCGCCGGAACUGUGAGGGCCGCGAGGACGCCUCCCGGACCAAUGGGCACCCGAGGGCAGAGCGGCGGCGGGAUCUUGGCCUGCCCCAUGACAGCGCAUCUACUGUGAUGAGCAGUGAGCUGGAAUCCAGCAGCUUCAUUGACUCAGACGAGGAGGACACCAGCCGGUUCAUGAGGGAUCCAUGUGUGCACCUGUGUGUGUGUUGGCGUGUUCCAGGCCCAGUGGUGUGUACACACAGGGAGCUGAGCCUUCCGAGCAAACCUGUCCCAGGCUCUGCCCAGCCAGGUGGAGCAAGGCUGAGCAGCUCCACGGAGCAGAGCACUUCUUCGCGGUUGAUCCGCAAACACAAGCGGCGGCGACGGCGGCAGCGCAUGCGCCAGACAGACCGAGCCUCUUCCUUCAGCAGCAUCACAGACUCGACCAUGUCACUGAACAUCAUCACCGUCACACUCAACAUGGAGAGGCACCAUUUCCUGGGGAUCAGCAUCGUGGGCCAGAGCAACGACCGUGGCGAUGGCGGCAUCUACAUUGGCUCCAUCAUGAAGGGUGGGGCUGUGGCCGCCGAUGGCCGCAUUGAGCCGGGCGACAUGCUGCUGCAGGUGAAUGAUGUCAACUUUGAGAACAUGACCAAUGAUGAUGCAGUCCGUGUGCUGCGGGAGAUCGUGUCACAGACCGGGCCCAUUAGCCUCACGGUGGCCAAGUGCUGGGACCCAACCCCCCGGAGCUACUUCACCAUCCCGAGGGCUGACCCUGUGCGGCCCAUCGACCCCGCCGCCUGGCUGUCCCACACAGCAGCGCUGACGGGCGCCCUGCCCCGCUACGGUACGAGCCCCUGCUCCAGUGCCGUCACACGUACCAGCUCCUCCUCACUAACGAGCUCUGUGCCCGGCGCUCCACAGCUGGAGGAGGCGCCGCUGACAGUGAAGAGUGAUAUGGGUGCCGUCGUGCGGGUCAUGCGGCUACCGGACUCGGGGCUGGAGAUCCGUGACCGCAUGUGGCUCAAGAUCACCAUUGCCAACGCCGUUAUUGGCGCAGACGUGGUGGACUGGCUGUAUGCACAUGUGGAGGGCUUCAAGGAGCGACGCGAAGCACGAAGGUAUGCCAGCACCAUGCUGAAGCAUGGGUUUCUGCGGCAUACAGUCAACAAGGUCACCUUCUCAGAGCAGUGCUACUACGUCUUCGGGGACCUGUGCAGCAACCUCGCAGCCCUGAACCUCAACAACGGCUCCAGUGGGGCUUCGGAUCAGGACACCCUGGCCCCGCUGCCCCACCCAGCUGCCCCUUGGCCCCUGGGCCAGGCCUUCCCCUAUCAGUACCCUGGGCCCCCACCCUGCUUCCCACCUGCCUACCAGGACCCUGGCUUCAGCUAUGGCAGCGGCAGCGCCGGUAGUCAACAGAGUGAAGGAAGCAAGAGCAGCGAGUCCACCCGGAGCACCGGCGGGAGUAGCCGGCGGGCCUUGGGGCGUGAGCAGGAGCGCCGGGCAGCUGGCGCAGGGGGCAGCGGCAGUGAGCUGGACCCCACAGUGCCAAGUGGGGCGGGUGGCUGGCGGGAGCGCCCGGCCAGCCAGCUCAGCCGUGGCAGCAGCCCUCGCAGCCAGGCUUCAGCUGCCGCACCUGGUCUGCCUCCCCUGUGCCCCCUGGCCAAGGCAUAUGCGGCAGUGGGUGGGCCCCCUGGGGGACCGCCUGUGCGGGAGUUGGCGUCAGUGCCUCCCGAGCUCACGGGCAGCCGCCAGUCCUUCCAGAAGGCCAUGGGGAACCCCUGCGAGUUCUUCGUUGACAUCAUGUGACCAACGGAGAAAGUGCCUUCAGCCCUGGCCCAAGUGGGGACGGUCUUGCCCCCUGCAUGGAUUGUCAGCCUGCCCACCUGGCCACCUGCCUGGGACUGUGUGUGUGGGCUUGCCUUAGUGAUGGCUGGGCCCAAGAUGGCCACCUGUGCUUCCAGUGUAUGGGACGGGGGGUGGGCAGGCCUGGACAGGGGUGGGAGCAGGUGGGAUGGGGGAACACCAUGGUCUGGACUCAGUGCCCCAUCUGCUCCCAGGUCUCUUCGUCUAGUGGGUGUGCGUCCCAGGUCCAUGAAGACUUUAGCCAGAACUGGGAGGCCACAUGACCACAUGCAGGUCUGACCUGCCCACCUUGGCAUGACCCUUCCACUGACUCUUCUUUGUCUGGAGGUGACCCCCAGGAUGAAGAAGACCCUAUUGGUCCUCCACUGAUCCUCACUCGCCCAGAGACAGCACAGGCCCCUCCCUGCUCUGCCCACCUGGCCGAGGCUGAGGGGCCUCUUGGGGGUAGAAAUCAGAGCCUGUCUGUGGCUGCCCAGGGCAAGGAUCUAAUUUAUUUAUUUAUUGCCUGGCCCUGCACUUUGGGAAGGUGGCCAUGAUCAGCCCCCACACCUGCCACUAGGAACAGAUUUGCAUGUUCUGGCCAUCCCUCUCCUAGGUGCAAAUGUGGAGCACACAGGUGUGUAGAGGAGAAAGGAGAGCCAGCUCAGCUUGGUAGGGAUACAGCUGGGCCAGGAUGGAGUGGGCACAUGACCCUGAGGCCAGGGGCUGGGGAGGGGGAGUGGCCGAGGGGGAGUGGCCCCUGGUGCCCAUCUGCACACCACCCCUCCCGUGCCCCGGCCUGCACAGGCUGCGCUGUAGAUACUGUAUCAAAGUCUAAGAGUCUGAAUAGUUAAUAUAUAGCUGCUCCGUGUAAAUGCUGCUUCCAUGUAAAUGCU